AGCCCGUCGCUGCGGACGCCAGUUGUCCACGCUAUAGUACAGAAGAGCUUGCGUUGGAAACCAAGUCAUACAUUUGCUGCAUGGAGUUUUUUUUUUCUUGGUGAUUCGUUUGGACAAAAUGUAAAAUUGUGUUGCAGUCUGUGAAAACAUCUCGGCUAACGUUUUAUUUAGAGUAUAUCUGAAGUGAAAAUCGUGAUAUCCUAGCUUGUGUCUGUGGAUAUCGGCUAGAUUUCGUUGAAAAUGACGUCAAAGAAAAAAGCAGACAGAAACUUAGAAGCAGAGAUACAAAGUCUUUUUAAGACAUUCGACAAAAACAAUGAUAAAUAUAUAUCUUCUGAUGAACUGGGUAAAGCCAUGAGGUUCCUGGGACUGAACGUAACCAAAAAGGACGUCGAUGAGGCCAUGAAAGUGCUGGACAAAAAUGGUAAUAAAAGGAUAGAAUACAAGGAGUUUUCCUCGUUCAUGAAGAAGGAACUAGAGAAGAACCCGCCGGGGUCAGACCAGGAGUCCAGCAUUCGCGCAGCGUUUAAAAUCUUUGAUAGAGACGGUAACGGUUCUAUAGACGCCAAGGAGUUAAAAUAUGCAAUGCAAAACCUUGGUGAGAAACUGACAGAGAAAGAGCUACAGGACAUGAUGCGAGAAGCGGAUGUAGAUGGCGACGGCAAGAUAAAUUAUGAAGAAUUCGUGAAGAUAUGGUCAGAAUCGAUGUAGACACUACGUACAUAUUCAAUCUAGCAGAAUCUCCCAGAUGAAAGGAUGUGUUUGUGCCUUUUCAUGUCAUUUCGAUUUCUCUUAAUACCACUCGAUACCUCAGCCUGCCAGGGAAAAGUAUCGACCAAAAAUGCUAACGUAUUGACAAUAAUAACCCAAAGCAAACUCUGUGUUUUCUAUGUCAAUAGUAUCCAUGUAAUAUUUUUCAACAUCAUGGGAAUCGUUCGAGUUUCCACUGCAUGUUUAUCUUCCUACUUGAGACGCCAUGACCACGUGAUUCCACAAUGAAUAUAUCACGUGACUUGAGUGAGCAACUUGUCAAAUACAGCUGAACUUGAUUAGAUGUUAAAAACGCAAUAUGGAAGAUGCCAGAUUAGUUUUGUUUUGAUUUUCAGUCAUUGCAAACACAGAAAUAUUUUCCUGUUCUUAAUAAAUUAUACUGCAAACACUGAACCAUUACAUUGUUUGGAAUAGAUACGAAUCCAACAAGUUGUGUUGUGUUGCCAAUGUUUGUACAUUGUAUUAUAUUCUUUUUGUAACUUGUAGAUAUGAUAAUUCUAAUAAAACUCAUUAAAAUGGUAUAAAACGUUACACAUUAAUA